GGAGGGGGUGGGGCCGCGAUGCGGAAGGCGGGGCGAGCGAGCGAGCGGGUCGCGUGAGGCGGCGGUUCGCGAUGGCUGAGGAGAUCAGCAAAGCGCAGGUGGCGCAGCCGGGAGGGGACACCAUCUUCGGGAAGAUCAUCCGCAAAGAGAUCCCGGCGAAGAUCAUCUUCGAGGACGAGAAGGUGAGGAGGAGGGCGACGGGCUGAGCGGAGACCCCGGCGGGGCCUGGCAGCACCGCGAAGGGCCAGCGGCUGAGGGAGACCUGCGCUGGGCCUGGCCAAAGGCCCGCCCUCGAAGCUGGGGGACGGGGGCUCCGUCCGCAGUGGUCGAAACUCGGCUAUAUAAGCUGGGCGCCAAAAGGCUCCUUCAACCUUCAAGAAGGACACUGACAAACUGGAAUGUGUCCAGAGGAGGGCAACCAAAAUGGUCAAAGGCCUGGAAACGAUGCCUUAUGAGGAACGGCUAAGGGAGCUGGGCAUGUUUAGCCUGGAGAAGAGGAGGUUAAGGGGUGAUAUGAUAGCCAUGUUCAAAUAUAUAAAAGGAUGUCACAUGGAGGAGGGAGAAAGGUUGUUUUCUGCUGCUCCAGAGAAGCGGACACGGAGCAAUGGAUCCAAACUACAAGAAAGAAGAUUCCACCUAAACAUUAGGAAGAACUUCCUGACAGCAAGAGCUUCUUCGACAGUGGAAUUUGCUGCCAAGGAGUGUGGUGGAGUCUCCUUCUUUGGAGGUCUUUAAGCAGAGGCUUGACAACCAUAUGUCAGGAGUGCUCUGAUGGUGUUUCCUGCUUGGCAGGGGGUUGGACUUGAUGGCCCUUGUGGUCUCUUCCAACUCUAUGAUUCUAUGAUUCUAUGAUUCUAUGAUUCUAUGAACCAAGGUCUCAGGUUUAAUGGAAUGGUUCGCAGAAAAAUGAGAUGGUUCAGUGGUACCUCAGGUUACAUACACUUCAGGUUACAGACUCCGCUAACUCAGAAAUAGUACCUCAGGUUAAGAACUUUGCUUCAGGAUGAGAACAGAAAUCGUGCUCCGUUGACGCGGCAGCAGCAGGAGGCCCCAUUAGCUAAAGUGGUGCUUCAGGUUAAGAACAGUUUCAGGUUAAGAACAGACCUCCAGAAUGAAUUAAGUUCUUAACCCGAAGUACCACUGUAUUAAAAUGUGCAAUUGAAAAAGUGUUUUUCUAUGUUUUUAUAAAGGUAAAGGGACCCCUGACCAUUAGGUCCAGUCGUGGCCAACUCUGGGGUUGCGAUGCUCAUCUCGCUUUAUUGGCUGAGGGAGCCGGCAUACAGCUUCCAGGUCAUGUGGCCAGCAUGACUAAGCGGCUUCUGGCGAACCAGAGCAGCGCAUGGAAACGCCGUUUACCUUCCCGCAAGAGCGGUACCUAUUUAUCUACUUGCACUUUUACGUGCUUUCGAACUGCUAGGCUGGCAGGAGCAGCCGAGGUGGUUUAACCAACAGUGCCACCCAUGUCCCUUUAUGUUUUUAUAUAUGCUGGUAAAACGUGCAAUUUUAAAAAGUGCUUUACUAUGUUUUUAUAUAUGCUGGGGAGGGAUGCAGGUGGCGCUGUGGGUUAAACCACAGAGCCUAGGACUUGCCGAUCAGAAGGUCAGCGGUUCGAAUCCCCGCGACGGGGUGAGCUCUCAUUGCUCGGUCCCUGCUCCUGCCAACCUAGCAGUUGGAAAGCACGUCAAAGUGCAAGUAGAUAAAUAGGUACCACUCCAGUGGGAAGGUAAACAGCGUUUCCAUGCGCUGCUCUGGUUCGCCAGAAGUGUCAUGCUGGCCACAUGACCUGGAAGCUGUACGCCUGCUCCCUCGGCCAAUAAAGCGAGAUGAGCGCCGCAACCCCAGAGUCAGGGGUCCCUUUACCUUUAUAUAUGCUGGGAGCUGCCCAGAGUGGCUGGAGCAACCCAGUCUGAUGGGCGAGGUACAAAUAAACCCUGGGACAGCUUUAGGUUUGAUGAGGCCCUAAGCUACUGAAGGUAAUGGGGCCCUUUAUAUGUUCAGCUGUUCUUUGUCAACAACAAUUUGUUGCUGUUUUUAUGUGCUGAGUAUAUGCUAUGCAGUAAUUUAUGGACCUAAUAGGUAUCUAAAGGUAUUUGCACAUAACAAAAUAGGAGCCUACACAACACAAAACACUGUUGCUGUAUGUAGGUUUUAUUUGUUUUUUAUCUUAUAUUUUGGAAAUGUACAGCCAGUUUUUUCCCUUUAAUUUUUUUGGGGGCCCCUAAGCUAUAGCUUGUUUAGCUUAUACUUAAAUCCAGCACUGAAUAAACCACAGCAACAAUAAUAAUUGCAUGCCAGAAAAGAGGAGAGUUAGAUAAAACUCACUUUCAACAACAAUAAUAAUUGCAUGCAAGGAAAGAGGAGAGUUAAAUGAAACUCACUUUCAUCUGCUGAAAUGUGAGAACUAAUCUCUGCAACCUGAGUGGUGAAUCUUAAAAUUGAUGAAGUUGACCCAGAGUGGCUGGAGCAGCCCAGUUGGAUGGGCGAAGUACAAAUGAAAAACAAUAAUAAUUGCAUGCAGGAAGAGAGGAGAGUUAAAUAAAACUCACUUUCAACAACAACAGCAAUAAUAAUUCCAAGCCAGAAAAGGAGUGUUACAUAAAAUUCUCUUUCAUCUGCUGAGAUGUGACAACUCAUCUCUGCAACCCAAGUCAUGUCACAAUUGAUGCAGUUGUCAUAGCUACGUGAAAUUGAUUUGAAAUGGUUAAUAGUGAGAUGGUAUUAAAAUGUGUAUUAUGUGGCUCAGAAUGGUGGACUGCAAGAUGUUUUAUUACCCUUGUGCAAAGUUAACAUGGGAUGGGUGAUGAAUACAUUGAUAGUAAAAUCUCCCUGGCAAUGGCAUGAAAGGUUUGGACAACUAAUGCCAAUGUUGCAGCAACAAUAAUAAAAUAAGGAAAUGGGUACUACACAUUUCUUCAGUGCUUAGGUUAACAUUUUGAAGCAUAUUCUCCUCUUUGAAUCUUUUGCAUCAUAAACUAACAGCAAAUAAUGUGAUGCUUGAAAAAGGAAAAUAAGUGUUGAUGUAACUGUUUUUGAAUCCACAGUAUCUUAGAUUAUUAGCUUGACUAGGAGGACUUAUGGCAGUUAUAUAGCUACCCUGAAAUCUUUGAAAACUCAACUACAUGAGUCUGAAAAAAUCUGCCCCGGAAAUGUGUGUCAGCCUUGGGUAGAUAUUGCCCAGCCCUCGCUGAUACUCAUCACGAAGUUGUUACAGUAAGUGCCACACUUUUAACAAUUGGAAAAAGUUGCAGUUCUGAGUACCCUUGGGUACCCCCAGAAAAAGCACUGAGAGUUAGGAUCUCCAUCCUUGUCAGCUGUAAUAGUAAUAAAUACUGGGUUGAAACUAGAAACCAGAGCUACAUUUAGCCUACAGUAUUUCUGGAGAUCAACUGCUUAUGUCAUCAUUUAAGAUGCUAAGUCUGUUCUGCUGCCUUGCAAAGAGACUCCAGUCCCAUAUACAGUGGUACCUUGGUUUACAACCAUAAUCUGUUCCGGAGGUCCGUUUGUAAACCAAAACAGGUUGUAACCCAAGGCGCGCUUUUGCCAGUGGGGCCUCCAAAAGAAAUUUGUUCGUAAUCCAAAAAAAUGGGUUGGAAUCCAAAAAAAUGUUGCAAACUGGGACACGCACUUCCAGGUUUGAUGUGUUUGUAAUCCAAAACGUAUGCAAAGCAAGACACAGGCAAACCAAGGUACCACUGUAACGAGCUCUAGAGACUCCGUAAAACUGUGUUCUAGUAAAAAAUUAGUUUCUAGUUAUGGGAAGAAUUAAAAUUGCUUGAAAAUAAUUCUUGCAUGUGUCUUAUCCUUGGCUUUUAAAAGAAUGGUGUCUAAAAAAAUUGAUCCUCUCUCUUUCUCUUCCCUCUCCCCUGCAGUGCCUUGCAUUCCAUGACGUUUCCCCACAAGCUCCAACCCAUUUCCUAGUAGUUCCAAAGAAGCCUAUUGCUCAGAUAUCUCAAGCGCAAGAUUCUGAUGAAGCUGUAAGUAUUGCACAAAGGCUUUUAAGUGGUGUUCUGCUUUUUGACUUUUCAGCAAAGCUAAGAAUAAAUGCUGCUCUUAUCUCGCUUCCCACUACAAGCUUUCCAAACAAAUCCUAAAACCAUUCUGUUGUAUGCCUCAAACCUUUUUUGCUCUUGUGUUGCGUAUAAGAACCACAACAGAGGUUGCAUCUUCCUGGUGCUCUGUGGACUAUAGUUUGCUCUAUUUUUUAUUAUUUUUAUUUGCUUGCAUUUCUAUUCUACCGUGCUUCCAUUGCAGAAAUUAGGUAGUGGAUUAAUUUCUGAUGUUACCAUCAGAAUUACCAUAUAUGUUUGCUCAUGGGACAACUUUAUUGCAUCAGAAAUUAUCCUUGGAUGUACCUGAAAUUAGGAAUAGAUAGAUACAGAACCUGUGCUCCUUGAGGUGUUGGACUUACACCUCCCAUCAUUCCUGACAAUUGUCCAUGCUGAAAGAAGUUCCCCGUCUCUGCCUUGAACCCAUUCUGAGAAAGUGUGGUGUAGUGCUUGGGGGUGUCUGGGUUCAAAUCUUCAUUCAGACAUGAAGCUCACUAGGUUUCCUAGGCCAGUCACCAAUUCUCGGCCUAACCUACUUCACAGCCUGUUGUGAGGAUAUUAUGGUGGAAGAAGGCACAUAUAUGCCAUCUUGAGCUCCAUGAAGGAAAGGUGGAAUAUAAAUGCAAAAAUAAAAUCUUACUGUCUGUUUUUAGUUAUAUAAUUAUGAAUUUUAAAACGACCAGAUUAUGUCCUCGUGGUCAAGCUUAAAAGUGUACAGUCCAUUUAUAUUGGACAAGCGUGCAUCACUACUUUAAUAAACAAAAGUCAGGAGACAUGAAAUGUCAAUUGCUCUGAUAUGAGGCACUAUAAUGUAAAUAGUUUUCCCAUUUUGCAAGUAUAGUUGGUUGGCACUAUACAACUAUUCAGUGCAUGCCAGGAAAGAGGAGAGUUAAAUAAAACUCACUUUCAUAUGCUGAAAUGUGAGAACUCAUCUCUGCAACCCGAGUCAUGAAUUGAUGCAGUUGUGAAAUUGAUUUGAAAUGGUUAAUAGAAAACAAAAUGGUGUUAAAAUGUGUAUUAUGUGGCUCAGAAUGGUGGAAUGCACAAUGUUUUAUUGCCCUUUUGCAAAGUUAACAUGGGAUUGGAAAUGAAUAGGUUGAUAUUAAAAUUUCCCUGGCAAUGACAUGAAAGGUUUGGACAACUAACACCAACAUUCCAGCAAGAAUAAUAAAAUAGGGAAACGGAUACUACACAUUUCUUCAGUGCUUAGGUUAACAUUUUGAAGCACAUCCUCCUCGCUGGUUCCUUUGCAUCAUAAACUAACAGCAAAGAAUGUGAUACUUGAAAAAGGAAAAUAAGUGUUGGUGUAACUUUGCUUUUUCAUCCACAGUAUCUUAGAUUAUUAGCUUGACUAGGAGGACACAUGGCAGUUAGAUAGUUACCCUUAAAUCUUUGAAAACUCAACUAGAUGUCUCUGAAAUAUUUGCUCCUGAAAUGUGUAUUUAUUGAUUUACGUAUACACAAAGUCUUGGCUCAAGUUCUUUUUUCAUUAUUUUGAACAACGAAUGAACCCCAGGAGUGAUUCAGGAACUUCUCAAGAAGGGUGUGGAAAACCACAAAACAUUAGGGGCUGCUAGAUCAACCUGUGUGUGAACUUUGAAGAUUAUGUUUCUAGCUAGAGGCAAGAUCUGUGAGUCCCACUUUAGGCAGCGCUUGAAAAGGAGUGAAUUGACGUCCAUCUGAGGGAUGUUGAAUAUCUGAAACUCCUGGUGGCAGUGUAUAUGUGCACUUUUCCAACUGAACACUCCUUAGCUGCUCCAUAAAAUCUGAAUGUUUGCUUUAUUGGUGUGUUUUUCUUUUUCUUUUCCCAGCUUCUCGGACACUUAAUGAUUGUGGGCAAGAAAUGUGCAGCUGAAUUAGGCUUGACGAGGGGAUACCGAAUGGUGGUGAACGAAGGGCCGGAUGGCGGUCAGUCUGUCUACCAUGUGCAUCUCCAUGUCCUCGGUGGCCGUCAGAUGGGUUGGCCUCCAGGUUAAGAAGGUGGGAAGAAAGGAUCUCACCCCCCAACUAUCUCUUGAACACCCUCAACAAAUAUUCUCAAAAUCCAACUGUGAUCAAUACCUUCAGCCGCUUAACCUUUCCUGUGGAGUACAGUAGAAGUUUGCGCAAUCAUUGUUCAAUAAAGUUAUAAGCAUGUCGGCUCAUC